AUGUACCUACCCUACGGACGAGCCGGCUCGUCCGUGCUCCACACUCCACAUGCAGCCGAGCCUUCUCAGCUCCAUCGUCAUGGUUCCACCAUCCCAAUCCAACCCAACUUUCUUCCAAACCGCCGGGCCCCAGCAUCACCUGUUCAACAGCAACAUCUCCUGACCUCCGCUGUCCAACCUUGA